CGAUUUGCACGUUACGUCACUUCCGCACAUGCGCGUUGAUGCUGGACGGCGGAAGUGCGGGAAUUUCAAUGGAAGACGCCUUAUAGGGAAUGUUGUUUACCUAAUAAAAAAGUAAAAAUGGUAAUUUCGUGUUGUGCUGUAGGCUGCACCAACAGACAAGGCCACAAGCCAGGGAUUUCCUUUUACAGGAUUCCUAAAAAUCCAGAGCGAAGACGCCAGUGGAUCGCAGCUAUAAAUCGUAAAAGUUGGGAACCAACUGCUCUGUCAAGACUAUGCAGCGAACAUUUUUUAAAUGGUCAGAAAAGCGACAAUCCUUUGUCUCCAAAUUACGUGCCAACAGUUUUUGCACACACCAAGUCCCCACAGAAGAGAAAAGCAAUUACCAAUCUUAAUAAUUUUCAGCGGAGGGAAGCAAUGAAGAAGAGGAAGAGGCAGGAGGGAGAACACAGGCAAGCAGCAAAACAACUGUCUAUGGACAAGGAUACACUAUCAAUAGGCCUACAAGAUGAUGGCCAUGAAGAUGGGAUUGCUGAUGAAGAUGCUGUCAUUGGUGACUGCCAAGCCUCAUUAUCCAGCAGUGUGAUGUGUCAGACUGAGAUGUCAUCUGAAGACAUAUCAUCCUUACUUUUUGAGUGUCAGCAACUGCAGAAAGAGAACACUGAACUCAAGGAGAAAAUCAGGUGUUUAGACCUGUUUGAACAAAACAGUUUUGAAAACAAAGAUGAGAAGGUGAAGGCUCUGACUGGCUUGCCUUUUCAGAAGGAUGGUACAGACUACACCACUCUGGACAAAACAGUCAGAGUGGCAUGUGCUCUUACCAAUCUCUGUCCCUCAGUGGUGCCAGUUGAUUGA